GCCUCUACACAGAAACCGGACUGAUCACCAGGUAUUUGAUUCUUGUAUGGCUUACAAAGUGUUUGCGUUAAUGAUUCAUCAGUUUAAUGGCCAUUGCAUUGGCAACGUGGUUUCUGGUCGUGCCGCAGAGCUAUGUGUGGUUUGGAGUGUGGUUGAUCUGGCCUAACGUUGUGGGGAACUCCUUGUUAGCCUCGUUAAAUCGGCGGUUACUCCUUCGCGAGAGUUGGGGGGCUCCAAGAGGUAGUGCCCGGAGGAGUGGUGGUAUAAACACGAUUGUCUUCAAAGCCGGAGCUAUGCAAUUACAAGUAGACCCACUGGAGAACUCCAGGAACCUCGACGUUGAAAUGUUCCAAGCAGCAGGCCCAACCGACGAGGAAUACGGGCAGGUUUAAAAGCCUGCGGUGGUCAUACGCAGACGACAAGACUCCUUGCUGACUGUUGGACGGUGUAAUUUCACAUUAGGCAUGUCCAUAA